AUGGUUAGGUCAGAGAAGCUAGUUCUGGAGUGUAUGCAGCUAAAUCUUCAUAAAUCUAAAUCUGCGACUCAGCAGUUCAUUUUAAAUAAUGAAACUGAUAAUAUUGAUCGCACGCUGGUUCAAGAGCUUCAUUGUUGCAAGAGUUCUCUUCUAGGUUACCCUGGUACUUAUAGACUUGAUUCCAAUUCCGAUACUGUUAAGACGACAAUUAUCGUUCGAUCACAUGAUCUUUCAGAUUUUUUUGAUUCUAAAAAUACGGAUUACAAUACAGUCACAUUGCACUGUUGUUGGUACGAUUGUGUUCACUCAUUUCAUGAUAUGUUGAGUCCUCAAGAAAUAUGCCAUUCAAAAUUAGGAAGAGGAAAUGGAGGAGUACGGGAUGUUUCUCUUGGUGAUGGCUGCUACAAAUUAGGCACUGUCAUACACGAGCUAAUUCAUUCAAUUGGAGUUCAUCACGAGCAAUCCCGUUCUGACAGAGAUCAAUAUAUCACCAUUCACUGGGAAAACAUCAAGAAAGGUGGUGAGCACAAUUUCCAAAAACGUAAACACGUGAAGAAUAAUCUUUUGUUAAAAUAUGAUUACAACUCCAUUAUGCACUAUGGAUCCAUGAGCUUCAGCAAAGACAAGAGAAGAGGACUUAAAACCAUAACUGCUAAGAGGAAAGGCGUUCGGUUGUUACCACCGAGAGAAAAAAUGCCGACUGUCAGUGAUAUCAAAAAAAUAAAUUUGCUUUAUAAAUGCUCAUUCUGAUCAUAGAUGAACUGUUAACUGAUUUUUAAUAAAAGCAUUUUUAUGUUUAAAAA